UCUGGCCGGAGACAAUUAAUUAACCCCAUGGGGCGGCGUCUAUCCGCUACAGCAAUCAACCGUCAAUCAUAAAACAAAAGCUCAUUACCACUUUUUCUCUCUCUUCUCUUGUCUUCUUUUCUUACUAUUACUACUUUACUUCUACUACUACAAGUCCUUUGUCCUCCUCUCUUCCGUCCACGAGCAACAACAAACAAUGCCAGACCUCAGCGUCCCAACAACAACCGCGCCGCAGACGCAAACCCAAACGCAUUCCCACCUCCUCACCCUCCCCCUCGAGCUCCACCACCUCAUCACCUCGCACCUCUCCACCCCCGCCUACCUCGCUCUGCGCCUCGCCCACCCCCACUUCUACCACGCCCUGCCGACCUCGUCCCCGCACCCCUCGACCCAGCCCCUUGACUCCUGCGCCCGCCUCGCCAUCCGCACCUACCUCGCGCCGUACCUGCAAGAAAGAAGAGGAAGCUGCGGUGGUGCCUCCACCGCCAAGAACAAAAACGGAAUCAGAACCGAAAACGCCACCGCAAACGAAGACGAAGACCAAGACGCAGACCAGGACCGCCCAACCCGCUGCGCCCUCUGCGGCCAACUCUACCCUCAACGCCUCUUCUCCAGCACCGCCAGCCCCGCAUGCACGACCCAGGACUUUAGCAAUACUACCACCGCCACCACCACAACUACAACCGCACACCUCCCCCACCACCGCCACCGCGAGAUCCUCGACCUCCCCGACCGCGUCUGCGCCUGGCACGUCGGCCGUCUGACGCGGACCGCCACGCUCCCAACGCCACAGCCACAGCAGCCACAGCCACCACCACGACACCCGCGCUGGACCUCCCGCACCGAGCCCAUGUGCAUGCACUGCGGCGUCGUGACCGGCUGGCGCGCCUGCCGCUGCGCGUGCUCGACAUGCGGCGUCCGCACCGCGCGCACCUACACGCGCUGGGUCGAGGCCGGGAGCGGCGAGGUUGUUGGUGGCGGUGGCGGUGGGGUUGGGGGCGCGGCGGUGGCGUCCGGGAGCCUUCGAGGAGGAAGAAUAGGGGCGCAAAAGGGAAGCUGGCGCUGCGUUGGGUUUGUCUUCUGGCGGGAUACGCGCGGCGGGCUGUGGGUGAGGGAGCGGAGGGCGAGGAUCGAUGACGACGAUGCUGGUGAGUGUGCUAGUUUGUUUGUGUGUGUGCUGUUUGCUGCUGCCUACUGCCUGCUGCCUGCUGCUGUUACGCGGCGUUUGCUUGCUUGCUUUCGUUGGUUGCCCGGUUUAUUGGGUUCGGUUUGGUGCUUCGCUGCAGGCGCAGGACGUCUGGGCGUAUGGCACCGAAAAGGGGUACCCGGCUGCCUCGAUGUAUCGAAUGGUUUUUGCGGAUCGUAAAGUAAAAAAAACCCCUAGCUGACGGUC